CAUUAGUUUAACUUUCUCCAUUCGCUGGUUCUCCCCUAAUUUUGCUUGUUCAAGGAGAUUACCACAACCAAUGCAUUUGUACAAGUAUUUUAAGCAUCUCUCUCAAGUUCUCCAUGAUAACUGUAACAAAAAGCAAUUAAAGAAACAAACAAAAACAGACAGAAGCAGCAGCAACAAGAAAAGACCAGCACUAGUAGCAGAUUACCAAUACCAAGGCGUUUGAGCGUCUCAGAGUGGAGUAGUGGGGAAUAUCAGAGUAGUAGCCUUUUUAUGCUUUGCUUUUCUUUUGGCCUUUUAAUCUCAGCCCCUCUGCUCAACAGUACUAGAUGUAUCUUGGAUUGGCAUGUAUGGUGAGGAAUCUUUCUAGUACCUUUUUUUUUUGAGCUGAAAAACCUCAGUUACUACCACUCUGUGUGCUAAUCACUGUUAUGGAGCAUAUAUCCUCUCUUCAGCUUGCAGCUCAAGAGUGUGAGAGUGUUGUCUAGGUGAUCAUCUUCUCCUUUUUCUGUUCAGUUCUUGGUUCACACUGUCAAAUCUUUUCUUCUCCUUCUCCUUUUUCCUGAAAAAUAUCUUGUUCUACUUUCCCCUCCUGCAAAUCCUGGGAGCAAUACUAGAAAAGUUUUUCUCUUGUGUGCUGUCUGUGCCCAUCUCUUCGUUUGGUGCCAGCUUUGGCAAAGCCCUUUAUUAUCACUCUCAUCUAAUCUAGUAUCUGUCCCCUGUGCUGUCCUCAUCAGCAAAUUUACUCCCUACCUGAGCUUGGUAUGCUAGCCAUUAAUGCUCUCCCCUGGACUGAUGUGUGAUGUGAGUCCUUGCAUUUAGCUAUCAAAGGAAAUCUCCUUUCGUGGUCAAGCUUUAGGUGGAGUUUGAUGAGUUCGGCUGGGCUUCAUUUAUUCCCAAAGAUUUGAGCUCUUGAUGCUGCUUUAAUAGUUCAGAGAUUCCAGCGUCCUUCACUUCUUGCAGCUCAGGAAAGGAUUCGAUCUUUGAGCUUCUAGUGUUUCUUGGAGCUUUGCUCUUCGUGUUCAUCGAUCCCAAAAUCCCCCUUUUUUGCUGGUUUCUUUAGCUUGCCUGAUCAAUCAUCCCAAGAUCUGAGCAGAAUGGGUUCUUCUUGGUGGUGGCAUGGAAGGGCGGCGGCGGCGGUGGCGUGUUGGGUGUGGCUGGCGGCGGCGGCGGCGGUGGGGGUGGAGGCGAUAGGGGCGAACUGGGGGACGCAGGCGAGCCACCCGCUGGCGCCGGACACGGUGGUGCAGAUGCUCAAGGACAACGGGUUCGACAAGGUGAAGCUGUUCGACGCCGGGGAGGACACCAUGAGCGCCCUGAGGAAGAGCGGGCUGGAGGUGAUGGUCGGCAUCCCCAACGACAUGCUCGCCGCCAUGGCCAGCAGCAUGGCGGCCGCCAACAAGUGGGUCGACCAGAACGUCUCCAACUACCUCAACGACGGCGUCAAGAUCAGGUAUGUUGCUGUUGGUAACGAGCCUUUCCUGGAGACAUACAAUGGAAGCUUUCUGCAAACUACUUUUCCUGCCAUCAGAAACAUACAAAGUGCGCUUGUGAAGGCUGGCUUGGGUAGUCAAGUUAGAGUGACAUGCCCUCUCAAUGCUGAUGUUUAUCAAUCAUCGACUAGCAAGCCUUCUGAUGGGGACUUCCGCACAGAUAUUCAUGAUCUGAUGCUCACCAUCGUAAAAUUCCUGAGCGAUACUGGUGGAGCUUUCACUGUCAACAUCUACCCUUUCAUAAGCCUCUAUUCUGAUUCAAACUUCCCUGUCGACUACGCCUUCUUUGAUGGUGCCGCAUCACCCAUUGUUGAUGGCUCUGCGACAUACACAAACAUGUUUGAUGCAAACUAUGACACACUUAUAUGGGCUUUGAAGAAGAAUGGCUUUGGAAAUCUCCCAGUCAUUGUUGGGGAGAUUGGAUGGCCAACUGACGGGGACAUGAAUGCAAAUAUUCAGAUGGCGCAGCACUUCAACCAAGGCUUCCUAACACAUAUUGCCACAGGGCGAGGAACGCCGAUGAGGCCUGGACCAGUUGAUGCUUACUUGUUCAGUCUAAUCGAUGAGGAUGAGAAGAGCAUACAGCCAGGUAAUUUUGAGCGUCACUGGGGGAUAUUCACCUAUGAUGGCUUGCCAAAGUAUCAACUGAAUCUUGGGCAAUCACAUGGCCUUCUCAAAGCGAAGAACGUGAAGUACCUUGAGAGGAAGUGGUGCGUGCUGAAGCCUUCUAUAGGCCUUACUGAUCCAAGGCUUUCAGAUAGCAUCAGCUAUGCCUGCUCCCUGGCAGAUUGCACCAGCCUUGGUUACAAGACAUCUUGUGGGGGACUGGACACCAGAAGCAACAUCUCGUACGCGUUCAACAGCUACUACCAGAAGAACGAUCAAGACGAUGUCGCCUGUGGGUUCUCGAACCUCGCAACGAUCACUGGCCAAGACCCCAGCACCGGAACAUGCAGAUUCGGUAUCAUGAUCGAGGUUGACUCGGCCUUCUCGUGGAAGCUGCAGCAUGUUAGAAGCAGCAACCUCUUGAUGCUUCUGCUAGUGCUUCUCCAGCUUUGCCUGUCAUUCUCAUAGAUGCUUGUUUCACAAGAGAUAUGGCUGUAGUAAGAGCAUCAGCCAUCUGGCAGGAGGAUAAGGAUAUUUGAUGUCUGCUGUCAGUAUGUUCAUUCAUGUAGGAACCUUUUCUUUUUUUGCUCUUUUUUCCCUCUUUAUUUUUCCCUGGUGGAUGCCGCGAACCCGCUAUCGCGAUCAUGCUUGGAUUCUUGUUAGUGUAGCCUUUGAUCUACCAGUGCCAUUGUGAUGAGGAUCAUGCCUUGAACCAUUGAUUGACAAUCAGAGAUGUUGGGCGAUGUUGCCGAACCUGCAUGCAAUCAGGCGAGUUCAGACUUCAGAUUC